UGUUUGUCAUUACAAAAAAUAGUACUUUUCGUUGUUUGUUUUGUUAAUGAUAAAGAUUUAUUAGAUAAUUAAUAUAGAAGUAAUAAAGGUAUUGAGCUUUAUGAUUACUGUAUCUUUAUGAAUUAUCUAUAUUAGGACCUAACAAAAUAUGUUAUCGUCACUGAUCAAAGACCAUCAAACGAAACAAGCUGCAAAAAAAGUUGUUCAAGAGCAAAAACGUAAAGAAUGUAUAGCUGCUGCCAAUGACCUAACUCAAGCUCUUGUUGAUCACCUCAAUGUUGGUGUGGCUCAAGCUUAUUUAAAUCAAAAGAAACUUGAUGCAGAAGCGAAAUUACUACAUCAGGGAGCUAUAAACUUUGCUAAGCAAACACAACAGUGGCUAGCUCUAGUUGAAAACUUUAGCAGUGCAUUGAAAGAAAUAGGCGAUGUUGAAAAUUGGGCUCGCAGUAUUGAAAAUGAUAUGAAAAUUGUUACUGACACAUUGGAAAGGGCAUAUGAAAUGACACAAGAACAACCUACUAGUAGCCAAUAAAAUAUUUUAAGACUUGUCAUUUGUAAAUGAUAUUUUAACUGCAAAUCAUUCACCUACAGUAAAAUCCUGUAAUUAUUUUUA